AAUAAUCUCUAACUAAUAGCAUCGUUCGUAUCGCUCCCACACUCAAAUCGUAAUCACACCCAAAUCGGAUUGCCAUUCCGAGUUGCGAGGUUAUUAAACCACAGGGAUUUAGGAUUUGAUUUCUAAUCCAACUUUACUGCACCUUUCUUCUGUGGUUGGAAGAAUCAAUCAUGGUAAUCAAAGGGCUUUCACAUAACACAAUUUCUCUCAUGGACAAUGGUGUUUUGCCAAUUCGCCGUAGCAUGCGGGACCUUAUCUUCAUCAAGCUAGAGAAGCAAAAUCCCUUUCCGACUGAUGAUGCAUCAAACUCAAAGGCCAAGUGUUUAGAUAUUGCUAAACGCUUAGAGGAGCAACUUUACAAAAUGGCUGUGACAAAGGAGGAGUACUUGAACCAGUCAACCCUUGAAUCUCGCUUGACAAGCUUAUUAGCAAAUGGCAGGCUACUCCAGGUCCAGGAGUCUCUUGAAACAGUGAUAACAGCUACUCCAGGUCUAGGAGUCUCUGCUGCACCCACUAUGCAGGACAGUGAGAAGAGAGAAUCCGAAGUCGGUGAGCCUUGAGGAGCGUUGAAGAUUUAUCAGAAAGGUCUUUUCCGACUUGUUUGGAAACGUCUUCAUUGCUUAUGUUACAAGGAAAGCUGAUAUCAUAUAUUUGAACAAUAAAAUCGUAGCUGUUGCAGUGUUACUGUAUUUGAUACUUGUAAGAUCGUACUUACCAAUGGUAAACACAAGCUAUGAUUUGUUUCCUGUUAUGGUUUUGAAUUUGAAUAGUUUUGUUACUA